AUGGCAAAGUUCAAGGUACCUUCCUGGUUGCAAACCAGCGCAGCGGCAGGAGCAGAGAAGGAGGGAAAGAAGCAAAACAGACGGUCAUUCGGUGGCUUUCCACAGCAUACUCGAACAAAGCAAGCAGGGCCAGCCAUAACCAAGCCCCAGGCUAUUCACGAGGACCCAAAACCCGUAGCAAAGACAGAACCAACCCGGCUAGUAGCGCUGGCAAAGAAGAUUACCGCAGAAGCUGAAAGGCUUGAGCGAUAUCUGAGUGAAAAUCAUUUACCUCAGCCCGGAUUCGGAAGCGAUGCCCCAGCGGACUUUCCAGCCUUGCCCCCUGAGAUUCAGAAAAGCCGUCAAGAGAUUGUAUACGCGACGAAUGAACUAGGUACACUUGUUAGGGGGCCACGAGAAAGCGUACGAUGGCGCGUCUGGAGCUAUCUGGAUACACUGAGUCUUCAGAUUAUCAACAGUUACGGCAUUGCCAAGCUUGUUCCUCUUGACAGGUCUAUUCCGCUUUCAGAUCUGCAAGCAAAAACCACGUUGGAUCCCACUAACCUGGCGCGGAUCCUCCGGCAUGCCAUGACUAAUUACAUCUUCUGCGAGCCCGAGCCCGGCCUGAUAGCUCACACGGCGGCAUCUCGCAAGUUGGCCGACGACAGUGACCUCCAAGAUUGGGUGGGAUUUAACUCUGAGGACAUCUUUCCGUCUGCCGCAAAGGUGCUCCAGUCUCUCAGAGAACACCCCGAGGCCACCUCACUGACGACUACUGGCUUCAACUUUGCGUUUGACACCGUAGAUAAGGAGCCCAUGUUUGUGACCUUUGGCAAGGAACCUGCUCGAGCGAGGCGAAUGGGUGGUGCCAUGGCCAGCCUGACGGGCGGCGAGGGAUAUGAAGUAAGCCACUUUGUCAAUAAUUGUGACUUUUCGCAGGAAAAUGAGCGAGGGGGGACUUUUGUCGAUAUCGGGGGAAGUCAUGGAUUUGUAUCUGUUGACCUGGCCAGAAAGUGGAAGAACAUGAAGUUUAUCGUCCAAGAUCUGCCAAAGACCGUCAGCAGCGCGCCCAAGCCCAUCUGUGAUGACGAAUCAGUCGCGGCGCGAGUUCAGUUCGAAGCUCACGACUUUUUCAAGGAACAGCCUGUCAAGGAUGCCGACGUGUACUUCUUCCGAUGGAUUAUCCACAACUACUCGACUCCAUACGCCGUCAAGCUGCUCAAAAAUCUCGUACCAGCCCUGAAGCCGGGUGCACGCAUCGUCAUCAACGACCACUGUCUGCGGGAGCCAGGUUCCGAGAACCCCUGGGACGAGAAGCUGAUGCGCAGCAUGGACAUGAUCAUGCUGACGUUGCUCAAUGCCCAAGAACGCGCGGAGCAAGAGUUCAAGGAGUUGUUCAAGGCAGCAGACGAGCGUUUUGUCUUCAAGGGUGUUACAAGAACGCCAGGUUGCAGAAUGAGCGUCAUUGAAGCCGUCUGGGAGCCGGCAGAACCUGCGCCGGCCAAUGGGGUGGCUAGACAUGCCGCCUCUGAGACUAUCGAGUAG